GCUCCAUCUGUUCACACUCACAUUGUUCAACCCUCUUGCCUUAGGACCAGACUGCAGCACUACCAAACCUAAAAAGGCAUUGAGUUGAGUUGAGUUUGGACCACUGUGCUACAAGGAAGCUUGUUUCACUUCACCAUUUUUGGAUUUUUUGUCACUUUAUUUAUUCUCUGCUGGAUACAGAGAACCUGGAUUUUUAUGUACCAGUGUCAAGAAGUCCAACCUUGGAGAAAACUUGACAAAGCUGAGACAGUCCCCCUGGCAUGCUGGAACGACCAAAGGUUUUCUGUCAGGAGCAUAUCUUUAGGACUUCCUUCUGUCUUUGUAUUGCUGCUUUACUUUUUCCUUGGAGCCUGUGCUCCAGCUCCGGCUGGAAGUCUAGAAUUACCUCUACCUCCACGUAUUUGCUGGGAGUACAAGAGGGGAGAGCAGCCCUCUCCACCAGGCUUCCGUCCCAGGAUUGGUCAGAGAGCAGCCCAUCAGCAGCAGUGACAGUGGGGUUGUCCAGGGUCAUCUGAGGUCAGAGGUCCGGGGUCAGAGGCUGGAUGUAUAAGACGGCUUCAUGGGCCUGAAGGACCAUCUGGAGGAUGGAACAGGCCACAACUUCAAUCUGGGGCUGGAUUUGGACUACCUCCAUGUGGAAGGCACCGACCGCCAGGCCAGCUUGAGUGCCACAGCCGGCACCCACUCAGGAGUUUUGGAGGGGGAAGAGGCACAGGUGGGAGGCACCCAUAGCAGUGUCAGUAGUAGCAGCAUCAGCAGUAGUAGUAGUAGCAGUAACUCCUCUGAAGAAAGUGCUGCGUCGGACAGCGAAGAUGAGCGGGGGGUCCACCAUGGCUCUGGUUCUGGCGCUGAGACCCCCCAUCCGCACCCCUGUCACCCUACUGGAGUGGGCCUGCCACAAAGCCCCCCCCCUAGGGACCCCAAACUCCCCACCGACCCCCUCACAGAGUAUCGCUCCAAGAUGGAAUUUGCCCUGAAGCUGGGCUACUCUGAGGAGCUGGUUUUGCUGGUGCUGAGGAAGCUAGGGCCUGACGCCCUCAUCAACGACAUACUGGGAGAACUGGUCAAACUAGGCACCAGGACAGAGACGGAGGAGGCAGGGGACUCUACCGCAUCCCAGUCGUCCUCCUCCUCCUUAUCCUCCCCCUCUCUGGACUCCUGCAGACUGGACUGCUCCUCCCAGCUGCUGUUGGAUGACAAGGAGAACAUCAGGCCUGUGGUGGUGGAUGGGAGUAAUGUAGCCAUGAGUCAUGGGAAUAAGGAAGUGUUCUCCUGUCACGGCAUCCAGCUGGCUGUUGAUUGGUUCCUGCAGCGUGGUCACCGUGACAUCACUGUGUUUGUGCCCGCCUGGAGAAAGGAACAGUCCAGACCGGACGCCCUCAUCACAGACCAGGAGAUAUUGCGACGUCUGGAGAAAGACAAGAUCCUGGUGUUCACUCCGUCUCGUCGGGUCCAGGGCCGCCGGGUGGUCUGCUAUGACGACCGCUUCAUCGUCAAGCUGGCCUACGAGUCUGACGGCAUCAUCGUCUCUAACGACAACUACCGGGACCUGGCCAAUGAGAAGACAGAGUGGAAGAAGUUAAUUGACGAGCGGCUGCUCAUGUACUCAUUCGUCAAUGACAAGUUCAUGCCUCCUGAUGAUCCUCUGGGUCGCCAUGGUCCCAGUCUGGAGAACUUCCUGAGGAAGAGACAAGUGAUCCCAGAACACAGGAAGCAGCCCUGCCCCUAUGGGAAGAAGUGCACUUACGGCCACAAGUGUAAAUUCUACCACCCUGAGCGAGGCAGUCAGCCCCAGCGCUCUGUGGCCGACGAGCUGCGUGCCAGUGCCAAGAACUCCUCUUCCUCCUCCACCUCUUCCUCCAAGAUCCUGGGCUCUGCUCUGCUGGUGAAGAGCCACAGCAUGUCCAGCAGCUCCAGUGCAGACGGGCUCCCAGAACCCCACCGAGCCGCCCCAAAGAGGCGGUCGGACCCCGGGCUGUGCACCCCCUCCUACAACGACCUCCUGGAGGAGCGGCUGGGCGGGAGGACCAAAGCAGAGGCCCGCAGAGGUAGUAGCAGCAGCAGUAGCAGCAGCUGUAGCAACAACCUCCUGGUCCCUGCCCCUGGGGGUCCUCCUUCCAGCCAAGGCUUCUCUCUGCAGGAUUGGAGGGACCACAACGCAGGGAGGAACGGCUCCUGCAAAGCUCCAGGGCUGUUGGGGCUUGGUCACUCUGACUCAUAUCCCACCUGUGAGUCCCCAAAGCUGGGCUACAACUCCCUAAUGAGGGCGUACUCCAGCCUAAACCUGGUGGUGCCACGGAGCCCCGAGCGGCUGUUCCCAACUGACCUACGGACGGGCUUGCUGGCAUCUGACUGCAGCAGCGAGGGCAGCAUGAGCUCUGACUCCUUCUCCCCUGACCCCCUGCUGGAGGAUGGCCUCAAAUGCCACCACCCCCAUCACGACCACCAUCACUGCUCCAGCCGCUACCCACACCACACCAACCACCCGCCCCCUGGUCUGACCCUGCACCCACAUGGAGGCUCCCACCAUAGCUACCCCCUAGCUCAGAGCAUGGGGAGGCCACAGGUUUUCAGCUUGGAGGAUCAUCCCUCCUCCCUUCACCACUUCAAGGCCCAUCUUACCUACCUUUCUCCCCAUCUUCAGCACCCAUCUGUGGGGAGCAGCUCUGGCUGUUCUGAGGACUACCCUCCCCAACCUCCACCCCAGACCUCCAGCCCCCACUGCCACUCUCACAGCUCAACUCUGGGGCAUAACCUGGGGGGCUCCACCUGGCAGGACAACAACAGCCUCCAGAACUCCCGGCUUUACGAGCACUCCCCUGUCCGCCCCAGGAGGACCUACCCUGGGAUGGGACAGGAGCAGCGGCUGGCCAGCUGGGACCCCCACUACCAGCAGCUCCUCCAGCCCUGCUACGAGGCCUUCAACUUCCAGUCCCAGCCUGAGGGCCACAAACAACCCUGGCACUCUUCCUGGCCCAGGGGGACACACUCGCCCCAUCCUCAACCCCCUUCCUCCUCCCAUCCUCCACCCCACCCCUCCAUGGAUCCCCAGCACCAGGGGGGAAGAUGCCAGGACGUGAGGGAUAAGGUGUUUGUCAACCUAUGUAACAUCUUUCCUCCAGAGCUGGUGAAGGUGGUGAUGGAGAGGAACCCCCACGUGAUAGACGCCCAGCAGCUGGCUGCAGCCAUCCUGGCUGAGAAGUCCCAGGCUCGCUACUGAGUACUGACACUACUGUAGUAGAGGAAAGAAGUGGCGUACCCAACUCUAUAGUCCACCCAAAACAUCUACGAUGCAGGGGGAGAUGUUUUAUUUUUUACAUCGAAUUAUAUUUUUUAAGGAAAAUCCGAGCUACCUUAUUGUUGUCCUUUACUGUUGUGCGGUAUGAGACCACCUCAAGCACUUAAGGUCAGGAUUGUUUAUGGUGUGUGGGUAGGAGUGAACAUGUGUGUCAGCGUUAUUUCAGGAGACUCUGAAUGGCAUGUGUUGCUUAAAUGUAUUUAUUUUGUAUGUUUUAAAUUAUUUUUAUUGUCUUUAUAUUUUGUUAUGACACUUUUCGUUGCUUUUUUUUAAUCAACAUGUUACAUUUUUGCCAAUCAUAUCAUAGGGGGGUUCAAUGCUUCAGGGUGCUUCAGAUUUAGGAAAAAUCCUGAGGUGUCAACACGGGGUGAAUUCUGGGAUUCCAAAUCAAAGGUAUUGUUUGUUGUCAUAAACAUGUUACUUACAAACGUUUCAAACUAAAAGACAAAGCAAAUUCAUAAAUCUAAUCUACACUGAUUUAGUUGUAUCCCUGUAAUUUGUUCAUUAACGAUUCAUAAAAGCAGGUGGGGAAUUGAAUAGCGUUGUUGAAAUAUUUGAUGAAAUUCCCCUUUAGAGAAGUGACGCGCAGGAACUCCAGCUGUUAAAGGCCUGGUAAAGUCCAUGUGAAAACCCCAGAGCAUUGUUUACUCUAACAGACAGGAGCUAGUUCCUCUCUGGGGAGAGCUCUGAAGCUUACUUCACAGCUUGAGAGAUUGCGAUAUUGAUUUUCGCUUUCUUUUUUUAACCACUUUUUUGUCCUCCAACAACCAUUCUGGCCAUUGAAAUCAGAUGGUUCUUAAGGAUAUGCAAACUAGUGCAGGUGCAGGUGUUUAUCUUAACGUUUUUAUUUAAACAUAUGAAUGUGUUAAUUUAUUAUUGUCCCUUUGUCCUUUUUGUUAUGUGUGAGAUUAUUUUAGUUGAAGGGGGUUUCUGUUGCUAGGGUUUCAUUACAAGAGAAGACAUCAGGUGUAACCAUCCAGACAGACAGAUGGUGCUGUACUGUAACUGUCUAUGUACUUAACUCUGUGGACAAGGUAAUUCUAGCCUCUACCUCCUGGCUUAGAAUCCAUUGUAAGUUGCCACAAUCGCUCAGUGAAUAGAAAUAGUUAGGCAAUGACACCGUGUUGGGAAAUGCCUUGCUCACACACAGCAGGGACUACAUCUACCCAUUACAGUCCAAAACACUGGACGUGUGUUGCCAAGGUAACCUGACCACUACAAACUUUAGUGGCCAAGAGAAUCCCUCUCCUCGUUGAUACAAAUUGUAUCCUAUUAACUUAAACCAGAUCAUUGUUUUAUAUGAGAAUAUGUAUACAAAAAUAUUUUGAGAUUUAUGUGCCGUAAUUGGUCACAUUUGUUAAUGUUCUAAAAUAUAUUUUGGGAAAUGUUGUGUGUUAAGAAUUAUUAGGGAAAGAAAAGGCAUCAAAUGCAAUUUCUUCAAACUACUGUACUGUGAUUGGUGAUCAACAGACAGAUAAGACAGAAAAUAUUGGUUGUUGUUUUAUUAUCACUGAUCUGAAAGUAUGUUUUCUCAUUGGCUGGUCACAAUCUAACUCAGGUCACAGUCAUGUGAGUGUGACUGUGGGGGUCAGCUUUAUGGGGAAGCAGAGAAUUUUUUCUUCCCCAUCAGCCCCUAUUGAUGGUCAUGAUCUUUCACUUAACAUGUUUUUGUACCGUAGUUCUCAGCUCUGUCAUUAAACUAAGCCUAUCCCUUCAGAGGAUCAGUGGAACACUGCUGACUUGACAAAGACAAUACUUACUCUCUGGAACCAGUUUCUCAACAUGACAACAGCCAAAAGGUUAAAAUAUGUUUUUUUUUUUUUACAUAUAAGAAACCAUGUCCAUUCACACAGUAGUAUUACAUGGCAAGUCACUGAAUAGCAGUGUUCUUUUCUGUUCCCCUGAGUUGGUUGGCAUAUUAGUUUUGAGCUGAGUGAGCAUGUGACAUUGUGGCCGAAUAAAACCGCCACCCAAGACUUGACGUCUAGCACCUUUCUAAAAGAAGAGCCUUCUCAGUAGCUGCAGGGCACUGUGUGCCGGGGGUGGGCAGAGGAGUAAAUGCCUCUACUUUUUUAAACACAUCCGAUGAUAGUCUGAACCAUGUUCAGUUAAACAUUUAUUUUUCCAUGUCCUGAUUUUUUAAAGAGGUGAUUUUGGAAUUAUUUGUGAUGUAUUUUUAAAAAUCAGCAUUAAGACAUUUUAGGGAAAUUGUUUGGGUGGUUUUCCUCACCGUCACUGGAUAUAGGCUGUACGGUACCGUUCACCUUUUGUAUAAUGAAUCACCCUUUGAUGACGUGAGGUUCAGUUUGAAGACAGUGUAUGUAUAUGUGCUGGGUUUUGGAUAUAGUACUGGGUUGAAUUUCUUCCACCAUGGACAUUUUUUGGUCAUUUUGGAAUUUGGAUCAUAAUUGGUUUUAUGUCAUUGGUCUGACUGGUUGACUUCUUAUUCUAUUUGACUGCUAACUGUUUGUUUAAUUUGGCCAGUCUGCAUCCAGGGCCUACAAUUCAAGCAAAACAAAUAGAUUUUAAUGUGUCAAACUUUCCAAUGUCAAGUAUAAUUUAUUUUCAUAUUCAUCACUGCUGUGCUUUAAAUCCAACAUAAUUUGUGCUACAAUAAAACUGUUAAAUAUAAUAAAUGUCUUAAAAAUGAUUGUUAAAAAAAAAUUAUCCACAAAAAUAAGGUUGGGAUUCGGGUAUUCUGUAUUCUGUCAGGGACCAAAGCAAUUGGCAAAAUAAUUGAGGGUUAACUUAUGUUUCUGAAUUAUGAUGCUGCUUUCUUCACAGGUCAACAUGGGUCAUUUCAAGCCAAAAUGGAAUCUGGGGAAUGGAGAACAAGAACUGUGGCCUGAUGUGAUGUUGAUGUUUUGCCUUAGUGACUGUACUGUACUGUAUGUGAAUGGGAGGAAACACAUGUUGCAACAAUGAGCUUUAGGUACUGGAACCCCAGAGCAUGUGACUCUCUAUGACACUCUGGCCUGUAGCAGACUUACAUGCCAAUUCAGGGAACUGUGGCCAAAUGGUAUAUGUUGACUCCUUCAUGUUGAGAUGAAUAAUAAGAGCAAUAAAGACCUAUUCAAGCUUUCA